CUGUCGCAGAAAUUACAGCAUUUUCUUUUAAAUCAAUCUUCAUUUUCUUGUGCUAAAAUGUGAAAUAAACUAUACAUGAAAGUUUGAAUUAUCCUUCCAUAUAAAUAAUUUGACUUGUUUUGAAUGAUUAGUGUUGUGAUGAGUGUUCCAAGUUAUUUUGAUCAUUGCUUCCACUAUAUUUUUGAGUGAUAAAGCUGUAAAAUGGCAAAGAAGUCUGAAAACACUGGUGGGAAGCUGAUCACAGUAUCUGUAGUUGGACUUUCUGGCACGGAGAAAGAAAAAGGGCAGCUGGGAGUGGGCAAGUCGUGUCUGUGCAACAGAUUCGUGCGCACCCACGCCGAUGACUACAACGUCGACCACAUUUCCGUGCUCAGUCAGUCCGACUUCAGCGGUCGUGUAGUCAACAACGACCACUUUUUAUACUGGGGCAGCGUCCAAAAAGACAAUGAAGAGCAAGAGUACCGUUUCGAGAUCGUCGAGCAAACAGAGUUUGUUGACGAUGCUUGUUUUCAGCCGUUUAAAGUCGGCAAAACGGAGGCGUAUAUCAAACGAUGCGUGUCAACGAAGCUGCAGUCAGCAGAAAAACUCAUGUACGUCUGCAAGAACCAGCUCGGCAUUGAGAAGGAAUACGAGCAGCGGACUAUACCGGAGGGGAAGCUGUCUGUAGACGGGUUUCUGUGCGUGUAUGAUGUGAGCCUCGUGCCGGGUCGCAGCUGGGAGAAGCAGAACGAAACCCUAGCCGCAAUUCUUCAAAACAUCAUCAAACUGAAGAAACCCGUGGUCCUGGUCACUGCAAAGAACGACGAGGCCUGCGAGCAAGGAGUCCGAGAGGCCGAAAGACUAGUUCAGCGGAAGGAGUUCAAAGGAUGCAUACCUAUAGUCGAGACCUCGAGUCAUGACAAUGUUAACGUGGAUCAAGCGUUCUUCCUACUGGCUCAGAUGGUUGACAAAUGCAAGGCGAGAAUUAAGGUGGCCAAUUAUGCCGAAGCCCUGAGGAUAAGGAGAGAGACCCUGGACUUUGUCACGGAGGCUUUCACUCAGCUCAUCAGGAUACACGUCCAGGACCAUAAAGAGAUGUGGUCCGCAGUCAGUAAGAGACUGUGUCAUCAUCCAGAAUGGGUGAAAUUCGUGCAGCAGUUUGGAAACGAUGGCACCCAGGUGGUGUUCCGUCGCCACGUCCGAAGGUUGAAGGAAGAGAAGUCAGCCAAGAAGCUUCGUAAACAACUGGCCAAGCUGCCCCAGGUGCUGGCGCGGAUGCAGCUGCCCACUGAAGAGUUGAAUGAGAAUGAUUGGCCGAUGGUGGUCCGGCAGCUACGCUCCCAUAGGGACUUUUCCGUGUACUUCAGCGGAGCCCGAUGCACCGAGUCGGGCUCCGAGUCGGGUUCAGACGAACUCCAGCAUCAAGAUACCCUGCCGGUUGGAGAGCGAGCUAACAGAUACCAGACUUUGGGACAGUCGCAGAAGAUUCCGUACGAGAUUCUGGAGACGAACGAGGCGGCUUCCGUUUUCAAGACUUUCUUACAUGACGCUCAAGAGGAACAGAGGAAUUACGAAUGGUGCCAACAAUUCAAGCGGCUACUCGAAGAAACCGGCUACGUAACUCCCGGCAAGCAGCUGUCCGAAGUGCGAGUCCUCCUCAUGGGCAGGGAGUGUUACGAAGCUCUGUCGGAGGAGCAGCAACAGCGGGUGUAUGACCAGCAUCAGAGACAUAUACAGCAGCGGGCUAAACAUAACUUGCAGGAGCUCCUAUUAGAGCAUGCUGAUCUUUUCUACCACUUCAAGAGCAUCUCACCAACUGGCACUAUAACUCAGGAGGAUAUCAAGGAGAUAACUGAUGUUUUACAAGAUGACUUCAGAUAUAAGAUGCUGGACCGUAUGGAGCAAGAUCGCAAGCUGAUGUUAUUUCAACAUCUGGGCUUCGUGCAUUGUCCGAUGCGUGAGCAUUGUCCCGCCGGACCCAACUGCCUCGAUGCUACUCUACCUGUCAUACUGAACACCAGAGUCGGUUCGCUGACGUCCACGGGCGAGUCGCAGUGCCACGCGGGGCCGCCGGCGGCGCCCUGGGCGCUCACCACGGACUCCGACCAGAUCUACGUCAUCAUACUGGGCGUCGAAGGAGUAGCAGGAGAAUUUGGCAAGCGUCUGCUCGCCGGCUGCGACUCGGACAAACGGGUGUCCGUGCAGAAUCAGUUGUGGCGCGUCGAGCAGCGAGUCCGGACUGACGACUUUAGUGCUGAAACUACUAAUAUUGAUGACUUCACACCUAACGGUUACUUCUGCGUGUAUCAAGAUCAGGAGUCGUUCGAGUACAUUCGGGGAUGUGCCGAGAAAACGUUACUUUCUAGUCUAGAACAGGAAGACAAACUACCUUUUCAAGGUUUACCGCUUGUAGUAAUGUUCGUCCAGGACGAAGGCAUGGAUAAAAAGGAGAUUAUGAGGCUACAGGAGGAGGGACAGAAUCUUGCUGAUAAUCUUCACUGUUCCUACAUGGAGGCGUCAGUGAACGAAUUAGGCACAGAAGCGCUUACUUCGGACGCCAUACAAGAAUUAGUACGUGCCAACAGAGAGAAAGCUAGCUACGCCCAUCUUUAUAGAGACCUUAUAGUUUGCUUCGACUCUGAUAUACGGAUAAUGGUGUGCAUGUUCUGUGACGACCCUUAUUCGCCUGAGCGUGUACUGAGCCCGCUUCUACUGCAUCGGGCCUGCUUUUUAACAGGAGACCGUUCCAUAGUCAUAGAAACCUUCCUAGGAGACUCCAAGAGGAAAGUUGAGGUUAUAAUUUCGAGUUUUCACGGAGCGACGCAGUUUAGGGAGGAGUUGAUACAUGGAUUUAUAUUGAUCUAUUCAGCAAAGAGGAAAGCUAGCUUAGCAACAUUGAAUGCCUUCUCCAUGAAUAUACCAAAUCUGCCAAUACAAAUGGUAGCAGUAACGGACGGCGGAGGCUCUGCGGCCAACGCGUUCUUCGGCACUGAUCUCGGCCACGCGCUCAUCACUGAGGGCAACGCUACUGCGGACCGGCUAGCUGCUCACUUCACUACUUACACUAGCAGUGCUGAAAAUAAAUCCGCGUUCUACACGCCGUUCUUCAAAGAAGUGUGGGAGAAGAAAGGCGAAAUCGAGCGCGCGUUCCGCAUGGAGCAACCCCACAACCUGCCCGACGUCGCCACCGCCCGCCCGGCCACCUCGCAGCAUCGCCACGCCGGAUACCACAAGAUGGAUCACAAACUAACGAACUCGCUGGACCUUCUCAUCGGGCCGGACUCGCGCGCCGACAUCGACUCGGAGUACAGCGACACACUCAACAACUCCAAGAAUAGAGGCUUUCUAAAAGGAUUCAGCGUAUACCCGCCGCCGAGCACGCCACCGGAGCCGGCGCCGCCAGAUCAUAGAAUACAUGCCGAUCUAUCCCCCGAUCUCAACUGUUCCGAGGAUUCGCUGAGCACACACGAGUCAGACGGCGGCGGCGCGUGGCAGCCGGCCAGCUACGGGCACCGCGCCUUCACCACGGGCCGCGCGCGCCCGCAGCCGCCGCCGCCCCGCCAGCGACACUCGCAGACGCUCAAGCAACCUGGCAAACUAGACAUGAACAACUACGCCAUGGUCAGCGAUGCCCUACAGCAGAUCACCAUCGGACCGCCGCACCCUAGAGAGAGAAAGUCGCAACGGUCAGGAUGGUCACAUUCGGGCGGUCAGCCUGGUGGUCACCACCACCAUCCGUCGGGCGUGAGCUCUGAGACGGAAUUGGACGCACAAUACGCACAGAUAAAAGAAACCAAUGAAUACAUGGAGGCGCCAUCUAUGAUGAAACUAAGGAGACAUCGGAGGCACGAGAAAACACCUAUGCAUCAGCCUUCAUUCUCAGAAACCGACAGCUCCGGAUCCAGCGAAGCCUCCGGCGGCGUGGCGCGCGCACACGCGCGGAGGCGCACGCAACACCACGCACCCAGACACUACAAGAAGCGGUCGCUAGGCAACCUAGUGGCCGUACAGAGUCCUAGGGUGCCUAAACUGGGCAUGUUUGUGGGGCCGCCGGAGUUGCCUACGAGUUAUAGAGCGAGAACUCAGGAGGAUAAAGCGGCCAGCGAGUCCAGCUCGGGCAGCUCGGACGGCGACGCGCGGCGCCGCGAGCCGCGCCCGCUGCCGCCGCCGCCGCACCACGAGCCCACGCUCAAGAUGCUGGCGGGCGAGUACCCGUCGUCGGCACAAGACAACUCGUCGUCCAGUGCCCCUGAUACGAGGCGGAGGCACCAUCCCUUCAGCAAGCAUGAUCGCAGGCAUAAGGAAUUCUCGAAAAGCAAAGACUCAAAGAAGAACUCAUCACAAAUGGCGAGUACGGCGUCAGCGGCGAACUGGGGACCGCAGGGAUCGCACGGGGUUCCUCUAUUCGUGGAAAAGUGCGUACAGUUCAUCGAGAGAGAAGGUCUCGCGUCCGAGGGCCUGUACCGGGUGCCCGGUAACCGCGCACACGUAGAUAUGCUCUUCAACAAAUUUAACGAAGAUCCCAACGUGGACCUGGAUUCUCUAGAUAUCCCAGUGAAUGCCGUGGCUACUGCGUUAAAGGACUUCUUCUCGAAGAAGUUGCCGCCGCUAUUAGACGAGGCUAGCAUGGAGCAGUUAGAGGACAUAGCGGCGAUGCGCGGCUGCAUCGCGGGCGGCGUGGAGCUGAAGGACCGCAGCUGGCGGCUGCUGGCGCUGCGCUCGCUGCUCAACAACAGCCUCACGUGCGUCGCGCGCGCCACGCUGGACUACGUGCUCGACCACUUCGCCAGGGUGGCGGACAACUCCAAGCUGAACUCCAUGGACAGCAAGAACCUCGCCAUCUGCUGGUGGCCCACGCUCCUCCCGGUCCAGUUCUCGGACAUGGGCCGCUUCGAGAUGACGCGGCCCUACCUCGAGGACAUCGUGCAGACCAUGAUCGACCAGCACCCGUUCCUGUUUCGCGGGCAAGAGGCUUUCGUCAUGGUGUGAGACACGCCUGAACCCACAAUGCAGGUUGCAUUCGUGUUGGAAGGCGUGUGACGCGGUUGUACGAACGUGUCUACGUUCCCAGUGAGUUAUAUACGCUAGCGUAAGUUCUGCUAUUUAUUGUACGCAAUAUUAGCCUUUAUCGGUUACGACAUUAGGUAUUCAAUCGUGGACGCAUACAGCACUGAGACCUACCGCGAAUACCGAAGUUCGCAAAUGGCAGGCAUCUUUCUCUGUCACUCUAAUUACGCCUUAAUUGAAGUAAAAGAGAAAGUUGCCGCAAUUGUUGCUCUGGUUUCGGCACCAUAAAGCCAACUUUAUGUAUGAGGACUUAGAACUGUUUUUUGAUUGGCUCGAAAUCAACAGUGAAGCUUUGGGUGCUAGUAUGUUAAAUUUAUACCAUAACAGCUGUCACUUUCUAACUUGUCCGAUAUGAAAGAAAUGGUUUUGACCACAUACUGGCACUUCUGGUGUAUUGUUCCUUUUUCAUUGGUAAUGUAAGGAAAGCAUUAUUAAGUCUGAAAUAUAAUUGUAUGGAAGAGAGACUAUACAUCAGAUUUUAAACAUUAUAAUAUAGUUUGUUUUGUAUGUCUCUCGAUAUUUCAACUUUUAUUUUCGAAUAUAAGUUAUAAUCAACCUUUUUCAUAUCAAUAUGCUUAGUAAUUUAAAGCGGGAAUGCUUGCAAUUUUCAGCUUUACGAAAUAUGAUAGACGAAUUUCUUUCGCAUUUGUUUUUGAAUCAAAAUCGAAUCAGUAUUUUAACUAGGUGUUAUUCAAAUUAUAUCGCAAUUUAUAAUAGCGUUAAGGUUGAAAUUCAUGCACAAACUAUUUAAUGGAAAAGUAAACGUUUUCUAAGCGUAAUGAUAAAGCAAUGACAACACCAUGUAAAACCGCGGUUUUUGAACGAAACGCAUUCGCUAUCAUUAAAAAAAUAUUAUCUAUGGUACUGUUUGCGUUUUGCGUUUCGUUCAACGCACCGUACUUAAUGAGCACAUUCCGUUCAGUCGUAUAAAGUAAAAUAAGUAAUUGUUAAUUAUAAAUAUUUUUAGAUAGUGAUAUUCGCGUAAUCGUUGUUUUUAAUCGAUAUCAUAGGGAUCGGUGUUGAAAUGCUUGCGAAGUGUUUAAAUGUUUUUAUUUUUUAAAUAAGUCGGUUCAGACAUGGCAUUCGUUUUUUUUUUAAUUUGUCUUGUAUAUCUGUGUAAGAUAAAAAAUGGCUAACUUUCUAAACUACUUUUGGGUUUGAGUUUGAUUUAUUUCCAGAAAUAAAUAUACAUUUGAUUGUUAAAAUAAGUGUUUGUUCUAGUCGUUGGCAACUCCUCGCUACACUGUGGUUUCUUUAUUCCCCCGCGCCAUUAUUAUUCGAAUAUAUUUAUUCGUUAUAAAAUAUAUCAAUAAUUCCUUCUGUCAUGUCUGAACGGCACAAAGGACAUUUUCCGUCCUUUUCACCCAUGGCAAACCGUAAUAGAUGAAAUAUGUAGAUACACGCUAGAUAGGUUCGUUACACAGAAAAAUCUUGCCUCAUUAUGAUGUAUUAUUUUAAAACCUCCUAACCAAAUCUGAUAUAAAUCUUAUGUUAAAGAUAUUGCAAGUAAUAUACAGGUGUCUUCGAGCAACCCCGCCUUCCGACACAUCGGAAGGGAGGAGCCCAAACGUCCACACUGUCGCAAUUCUCACUCACUACAUACAAAAUCCAAUCUGUAAUGACGACACAAAUACAUAGAAAAUAACCAAUUUUGUACGUAGAAAAUGAUACACGUCAAAGACAAAUCUUGCACACCUCGAUCUCUUAUUGUGUACGGACGAGUCACAACACUGCGCUAUAGGGACCGUGCGCGUUGGAGGCUCUGCCAUCUUGUGGCCUAAAUCGGAACCAUAAACAUGUACAUUUACACGUCACGUGUUUUCUUGUGCAUAGUAGGUGCUGCCAUCUUGUGGGCUACAUCGGAACAAUAAACAUCACAUUUACGCCUCGCGCCAAAAAUUUGUUGGCUCCUGUGCUGCCUCCUACAGUUCACGCACGCUCCCUAUGCCCAGCUGGGCAUGUGCGUCGGGCAGAGGGGAAAUAGUGCGAAUGCCGACUCGAUUGCUCUGUUGCUCGAAGACAGGUGUAUUCUGAUUAUAACAGGAACAUGAAUUAGAUCUGAAUUAAUUAUAGAUUAAACCAGAAUACGGUUUAUAGUCGAUUUUGACUUCAGUGCCAUUUAUUUCAAUAGUAAUGUACACAUUUUCUGAGUUGGUCAGAUCAAUAUUCUAACGUCGAUAUUUUAAAGUUGUUUGUGUUGUCGGCGUGGUUCAACAUACUUUCCAUGGGAGCGUGUAUAAGUUGUAGGGGAACACAUGAGACGUCAAAUUUUUGGCGCGAAGUAAAUGUGAAGGUUAUGCUUUCAAUGUAGCCCACAAGAUGGCAGAACCUACUAUGCACAAGAAAAUGUACGUGAACGGUAGAUGGCAGCACUUGCUUACAUGUUUAUGUUUCCGAUUCAGGCCAGAAGAUGACAGUCAAACAUAUAAAAAUAGUCAAGUAAACUUACAAAAUACUCAUAAAUUCAAGGGAACCUUUUAAGUCUUUUUAGUUUAAUUCUUUACAUCUGUUUGUCAUCCAACAGUUUUUUUAAAUCACUUUCCGAUCGGCAGCUUACCUUAAAAUAUCCUUAGACUGAUUUUUCCCAUUUUAUAUCCUUGAAUGUACGGUUAGUGUAUUUGCUAAUGUAUAGCUGAUGGCCUACAUUGUAUUUAAGUGUUUAAUAUAGACUGACACUGAAUGUGCUUCUGUCCGUGCGGUAUCGCCUUCACUGCGGAUGCAAUAUGGACGCGAUAUCGCCUUUCGAGUUAAAUAUAUAAGGAUGUUUAGGGCGAUUAUAUCUGGCGCUAACUUUAUGCGUUAGCUUUUAAUGUUAGAGCGAGAUGGCGAUAACACCUGUUCGCUUGGCUUAUGACCCAAUAAAAUGUCUGAAUGGCCAAGCAAUAUCCGCUAUCUUGCUCUGAUAUUUUAUGAGCGCAGUAUGUGCCCGGUAUAACCUUCGUUUUAUUUGCCAAAUAGAUAUUUAAUUUGACUUUUGUAAAAAAACACUUUUCCAACAACAAUGCAAUUCGAUGGAUUUGUGUUAUUAUGCAAGGAAUCAUUGUAACUACUCAUAAGUAUAUUUAAUAUAUUAGGUGUCUCCAUUAAGUAAGGUGUAUCUAAGUAAGUUUUUAUCGAUAUAAUGUCAUUAUAUCACCGUUUUACUUACACACUCGCGUCGGUGGUGACCGAGCGAGUGUGCGAGCGAGACAAAAUAUCAUGUCCAUUAGGGGAAUGAUGUAAAGGAAUUUUUGAUAUUUUACUAUGAAUCGAAAAAUACAUAGAGCCUACCUGUCUUCUAAUUUAUUUUUCUAGAAAUUUUCGCUUUUUCGUAGAUCUCACGAAGACAAAAACGCUUGUUGAUUUCAAGGAACUUCCCCUAAUGUUUUUUCGAAAACGCAAUUAUGGAUAAAAAAAGGCAAUUCGAUGUAAAUAUUGUACAUUCGUUCAUUUUACGUGUUUUAUUUUCGUAAUUUAUUUAUUGAGAUAUUUUUUAUGAGAGUUUUUAAAGUGAAUAUUUUUGUUACUUUUUAUUUUCAUUUUACGUAUUUUGUAAUGCUGUAAUUUGAUGGAACCUGUGCCAUUUUUUUAGAAGCGCAAACCCAAGACAGACCGACUGCAUGUUGCGCAUGUUGCAGCUGCAAUGCAGUCUGUCUGUGUCGGGCCUUAGAUGUUUUCCAAGAGUUGUGAACAUUUUGUAUGGUUGCGUUCGUCCGUUUCGUGUAGGAUCAUUAAUGUUCUUAGUAGAAUCAAUGUACGCUUGGCCGACUGAAGCCUCAUUGCCUGAGUUGAGAUGAUGAUGAUGGGAAACCAUAGAAACUUAGGUAUAGACGUUUUCAUACUCCACCUCCAUAUGAUAAUAGAGAGAGAGACCAAGAUAAGUUGGCAGCGAUUUUGACAUCUGAGAGUCCAAGUGUUAUUUUAAAUGUCAAACUACUAUGAAAUUAUAACGUUUACUUAACACUUGCACAUUCUGGGCUAUCAAAAUCGCUGGCAACUUAUCUUGUUCUGACUCUAUACUGUUUAUCCCUAUUUUAUUUUUAUUUACUGCUCCUUUGACAUUUGUAUUCGUAUGAGAAAAUUAUACUAAAACAACAUCAAUAAAGUAUAGUUCGUUUUUUUGCAUUAGAAAAAAGGUAUCAUCUCGUCUUUUUAUUGAAAACUGUUUUUAAACAUCUGUAACUAUUACUUAUGAAAGCAAAAUUAUGUAAACGAUCGUAUAUGAUUUAUAAUUGCUACAUAUUUGUCGUGACUUAUUUUUCAGAAGGGUUUUUCAAUAAAAAGGCGUCAAAUUCGCCUACGUUCUUCCUAAUGCAAAAAAAACGGAGUAUAGGGAAUGACUAUGUCGCUUUAGUGGUAAAAUUUUCAUGGAAAAUAAUUUCUAACUCUGUCACUUCUGCGACGGUAAACUAUAAAGACAUCAUCAUCGCGACUAACAUAUCGUAAGCGCAUUGAAAUUCAUGGCGCUUAAGACGUUUUGAUCACGUGGAUCAAGUUCCUAACAUAAUGAACCUUAGAACAAAAUUAUAAACAAGUUUUGGCAGAAUUCAAUCACGAUUGACGAUUAAGCGCUCCAUCGCUGUUAGAGAUUAACAGGUCAAUCGAGAAUGACGAUUGAUUUCAUUUCAAUCGUUAAUUGGAAUAUGUAUGCCUACCUAAGUUUCUUUGGGAGCAGUGAGCGAGCAUCGUAUCGGCUCGAAUAGUCGAAUGGUAAAUUGUUGUGGCUCGAUAGGAAUGUGAUUUGGUAAUGUGAUCUGUAAGGCUAAGAUGGCCGGUUUUUAUCAUCUGUCAUCAUGUCUGUCACGUUCUAACAGAUAUGUAAGAACGAAAGUGACGCAUGACAUGACGAGAGAUAAAAAUGCGACCAUGAUACUGGCGCUGGACGAGAUUGCCUUCUAGUUGGUAGCUACGAAAGGAAUUGGUCUCGUAUACAUUAAUAUAGGUUAAGAUUAUCAUUAGAACAAGUUUUAUGUCAAAUUGGGACUGUAGCGUAUGACAAACGCGGUUACGAAUUGUGAUAGAGCAAACGUAUUAGCUUACCGCUCGACAGAAAAUACGGGAGCUUUAUCCAGUCAUUAUACCGUCGAUAACGCGUAACUACCAUUUUAUUGCGUGAGUAAUUGGCAGACCCCGCAACAGCUGACAAAACCGUGGCAUAUGACAGUUGUAUGACAAGGUUCGCGAUUAUACUAAAACCAUUUUACUAAGACUUUAUUGUACGUAGGAUUCAUAAAAUUUAACUAGAUUCUUAUUGACCUUCAGAUAUAACCCGGUUUAAUUGUAUCAAAGAAAAUAAGUUAACAUGUUAUAGUCAAUAUUAAAUGCGUGUCAAUGUGUUUGUAAUUUUGUUCAUGAAAUCACGUUUAUUUCCAUAUUUCUUUCAAAUAUGUGCUUGAGAACAAAGAAGAAAAUAUUUACUUAUUGCAUUUUAAUUUGUUCGUAGAAAUGAUAACUCUGACGUACCUCUGCCACAGAUUUGCCGGCUCGCUUGCGGGGUAUGGCUAAUUGGCGACAUAAAUGGAAUUCUCAAUAAAAUUAAAUAAACGUUCGUUUUUAUAUUUUGUUUGAUUUUGUUUUGGAAGUAACCUUAACAUUUUGAAUCUAAUAUACUGUUGUGAAGAGUCCUAGUUUUAUUAUCAAACUACAAGAGUAUAUCUUUCGAGUGCUUUGUAAGUAAUAUGAAAUAAAAUUAAACGCCAAAAAGCUAGAGAAUGCCUUUUCGACAUAAAGCUUGUCCUGAACAUUGAACUUUGCGGCCAUGCAGCGUUUGUAUAGUUCGUGUCAUCCACGAUGACGCGCAGAUUUGUCAAAUCUAACCUUUAUUAACAUGACAAUACGAGUCAAGGCACACGUCUUCGUGAAUGAUACGAUUUAUAUUUGUAUAAUUGGAAAUGGCAGUAAAAUAUUUAUUUUAGCUCAAUUUAUCACGUAAUUUAUUAAUGGUCGACUAUAGAAUAGUUUGAUGUCAAAAUAUGAGCGCUAUAAUUUUCAAAACAAUUAUUUGAUCUGAAGAUUUUUUAGGUCUAUCAUAUGUUGACAUUUUACUGAUGUUGACCUAUUGAAAGCUAUUCGACACUCACAAAGGCAUACAUCAUGAUUCAUGAUAAUGGUUUACGAUAGAUUACAAAUAGUGUUACGUCUAAAACAAAUUAAUUUUAGAUUUUUAGACGGAUUAAGUUUCUCACGACUUGCUUCUGUUGACAAAGAUCGCUAUUUGCGAAAAAUCCGCUAAAUGUUUGUGUGCAUUUUGUCAUGCGUCAGUGGAUUUGUAUCAAUAUGUCUUUCGAAUGUCGAAUAGUUCUGUAAAGUAUUUGAUUGUUGUGAUAUUGUAUGGCAAAGGAAGGCUCAGUCGGCGCAGAACCCGCUAUGUGCGUCGCGACUGUUCGCAGUUCACAAGAAUGUGGCAUAUUUUAUAAUAAAUAACCAUCUAUGUAAU